GCCCGCUGGUUCCUGAACGCCUCAUUUCUGCACAUUUCUCCGAUGUAAAGAGACAGCGAAAGAGAAUACAACAUCAUUAUCUGCGCGGUUUGGUGAAGGAUAAGUUAUGAAUCAGAGUCAUGAAGAGGGAGGAGGAGGUAAAGAGGAGGAGAUGAUCACAGCAUUAGUGUGUCCAGAGGAAGAUCUGAAAGAUGGAGAGAUGAAAGUUGUGACUGUGGGGGAUCAGAAGGUGUUGCUGGUUCGUACUCAUGGUCAGUUCAGUGCUCUUGGAAGUCAGUGCUCUCAUUAUAAUGCCCCUUUGGUUAAAGGAGUACUGAUUGGUGACAGAGUUAGAUGUCCUUUUCAUGGCGCGUGCUUUAAUGUCAGAACUGGAGAUAUUGAGGAGUUUCCAGGGCUGGACUCUCUUCCCUGUUAUAAGGUCAAAGUUGAAGAUGGCCAAGUCUAUGUUUCCAUCGACAAAAAAACACUGACGCUGACCAGGCGGGUGAAAAAGAUGUGCACGGUGGCACCAGAUGUCAAACACAUUAUCCUGCUAAUAGGAGGGGGCCCUGCUGCCCUUCUUUGUGCUGAGACACUGCGGCAGAACUGUUACCAAGGACGCAUUAUUAUGGUUACCAAAGAUACCUUACCUCCUAUUGACAAACCCAAACUGAGUAAGGCUUUAAAUCAGGACAGCAGCAGCAUCCUCCUGCGGUCCAGUGACUUCUAUCAGCAGUAUGGUAUUGAAGUGUGGACACAGAAGGAGGUGGUGUCAGUGAACGCAGCUGAGAAGGUGGUGAAGAUAAGUGACGGGACUUUACAGCAUUAUGACCAACUUCUCAUCUCAACAGGCUGCAGAGCACGUUCACUCAGCUGUCCUGGGUGGGAUUUAGAAGGAGUGAAGAUGCUGCAGUGUUAUGAAGAUGCCAGAGACAUUGACAGCUCCUCACUGGGCCAGAGGACUGUUGUCAUUGGAGCCUCUUUCAUAGGUAUGGAAGUGGCAUCUUAUCUCUCAGACAAAGCCGCCAAUGUGGCUGUGGUUGGCACUUCCAGAUACCCAUAUGAACGGUCUUUUGGAUCAGAAAUUGGGAAGAUGUGUAUGCAAAUGUUGGAGGAGCGUAAUGUCAAGUUGUACAUGAGUGAUGGAGUCAGUGAGAUCAGAGGGCAGAACGGGAAGGUGAAGGAGGUGGUGCUGAAAAGUGGGACAGUCCUGGAGGCUGAUGUAGUGAUUACAGGAAUCGGUGUAAUCCCUAAUUCAGAUUUCCUGUCAGGAAGUGGGAUUGAAGUGGAUUCACACAAAGCUGUCAUUGUUGAUAAGUUUAUGAGGGCCAAUGUACCUGAUGUGUUUAGUGCUGGGGAUGUUACUGCCUUCCCUCUGACCAUGCGGGGAGACCAAAGGGUCAGCAUCGCCCACUGGCAAAUGUCACAUGCUCAAGGAAGAGUUGCUGCCUUAAACAUGCUAAAGAAACCAACCAAAUUAGAGUCGGUGCCUUUCUUCUGGACUGUGUUACUUGGGAAAAGUAUCAGAUACACAGGUUAUGGGGAAGGAUACACUGAAAUCAUAUUUAAAGGCAAAGUUGCAGAACAGAAGUUUCUUGCAUUUUAUAUAAAAGAUGAGGUGGUGGUAGCAGCAGCUAGCCUGAUGUUUGAUCCAGCUGUGGCUCGACUGGCAGAACUCAUGGCUAAAGGCCAGAUUAUAACAAAAGCACAAGCACAAGCCGAUGACCUGAGCUGGCUGCAGAUGUAACCACAGCUUCCCCAUAUCCAGGAGGAACUCGUUGGACUGAUCUAUUGUUCAAUUCUUGUUCCAUUUACUGCCUCAGGCUUUUGGAAGGGAAAUCAGAGUGCCAUUACCAUAGCAGCUAUCAAACCAUUAUUGAUUUUUUUACCUUUUGCAUCCUGUAAAUGAUCUGUCAAAUACGUAAAGAUCAGAUAAUCCUAACAGACUUGCAGCGUUUAU